UAGAAUAUACUGAGGAAUCACAUAUACAUAUUUCUAUAGAAUAUGACAAUAUAUCAACUCGAAAUAGUAAUAGACUAAGUAUUGCAAAGUACUUUGGUGAUAAUUAGGCGGACGACACCAUUGUCCAUUGGCGCGCGCGGCAAGCACCCAAGCCGGCAUCAGCGUCCGUGCCAUCAAUCAACCUGGACGCCAGCGGCGGCGGCGGUUCUCUGCGUCUCGGGCAGCUGCGAGCUGGCAGAGACAUCCUCGAUUUGGCGAGGGCCAGGAUGCGGAUGCGUUCCGUUUGGAUUUGGUGGCUUCCCCGGCCUCGUCGCGCCGUAAUGAUUCGCAGCGACACCACACGAGUCAACCAAAAAUAGCUAGCGUGGCCUCGCGUCGCACCAACCGCCAAAACGGCGGUGCCGUCCUUAGGUGCAGCGGCUGCGCGCAGCCCCGGUCCCUCGUCCUCUCGUCGCAGGUCGCAGCCCCGUCCCCCGGCCCGCCUCCCCUCGUGUUGGGGCUCCUCCUGUUCUUCAGGACGUGGUCAUGGAGCCCCAGCCCGGGUCGCCGCUCUUCUCUCCACCAAGCACAGCGCUAUGGGACAAUGCCAGGGCGGGAACACCGUCGGAAGAGAUGGCAGCGCCGGACGAGCCAAAGGAAGAGGGCACCGAACUCGAGCCGGCCAGAAAGUCGACCUCCUCCUCGUCGUCGUCGUCCUCCUCCUCGUCCGCGUCGUCGGCUGAUAUCCCGUGCCACAUCGAUGUCGUCGAGCUCAUCAACCCGUUGGCAGCGGCGCUGCCCGAGGACGAACACGGCGCGGUGGUCAAAACGGCCCACUCGGCGACGCUGGAGGACGAACGAGCCGCUCCCGCCGUACACAGCGCCGAGGCCAAGCCGGCGGACGGCGCGAUGACGAAGGAUGUACAGGCCGCUCCCGCCGUGCACAGCGCGGAGGCCAAGCCGGACGACUGGGUGACGUGGCCGGAUCCACCGCCUCCGGCCGUCGACGACUCGUUCGCGUCGUCGGACGGCCGCGGCGCGGCGCGGCCGGAGGCGCCGAAGGUCCAGACGGUCUCGCCGACCAGCCUCGGAGCGGCGGGGUCCAACAACGGGUACGAUCCGGGGAGGAUCCCGGCGUCCGUCUUCCAGCACAGGACGUCGGUGUCGCAGGCCGACUGGAGCAUGGCGUCGAACGAGUCGCUCUUCAGCAUCCAGGGCGCCAGCGACCUCUACCCCGGCAGCAGGUCGCACUUCGACUUCUUCUACGACGAGGCCAUGGCGGAGGCGGACUCCAGGCUGCCGUCCCUCGCGGAGGGGGCGGAGCCCGGGGACGCGCCCGAGUCCAAGGAGUUCGCGGCGGCGCCGCGCAGCGCGGAGCCAGCCGCCAGCACCGGGUGCGGCAACGACGCCAAGAGAGCCGCCGUGUUCCGGAGCCACGAGAGCGGCUCCGGAAGCAGCUCCAGCAACUUCUCCUUCGCCUUCCCAAUACUGGCGGAGACGUCGCCGAGGAAGAAGGACCUCGUCAACACCGCGCUGUACCAGCCGCUGGAGAAGGAGUGCGAACAGCCGCCGCCGUCGCCGCCGCCGCAGCAGCAGCAGCUCGAGCCCCCCGUGUCGGCCUUCAUGGAGAUGACGACGGAGGAGGAGCGGCGGAGCAGCGACACCGGGUGCUGCUGCUGCGGCUGCUGCUGGUUCGAUUGCUCCUGGUGGUACCGGUGCCAGUGGUGGCGAUGCGGCUGCUGCAGUUGCUCCUGCCCUAGCUUCUGCCGGUGCACCUGGUGCCUCUGCACGUGACGUGAGAGAUCGAAUUGGCGGGAGAUCACUUUAUUGGCCGGAACUCGAUUUGCUUCGACAAGAUUCAGAAGCCUUUUUUCUUGCCAAAUGGGAAAUUAGAUGGGUAGGCACCGUCCCUUGAGAUGUACUGUAGAUCUUAUUCGGCACCUCAUGUUUGUGUUUUCGGAGAGGAUUAUUUGGCAGACAGGGUUUGGCAUGUGCACAUCAGCUGAUACAGAGUAUACAGUACAGUGUACAAUCUUGAGAAGGAAUACAAGUUCAAAUGCAUAACUUCGCUA